UCAUAUUAUUAUAUUAUAUUAUGUAUUAUUAUUAUAUUAUAUAUUAACCUUAUUAUUAUAACGUUAGCAGUGAAAAGAAUUCUGUCUUCUCAGUGGCUGUGUAGUGGCCUAUAUUGAAGGAGUUGUUCAUAAUUGGGGAUGGUGGUAAUAAGUCAUGUAGUCAUUAUUAACAUCCUUACUGGCACUGUGUAUGGGAUCCAUGUAUUGAGCAGGAAGGUCAAACAGUGAAUGUACAAAAGGAAUGAGUUACACUGACCUCUAAAAUUUGUCCCUCCAAAUCAUUAUUCUUCUAGAUGAAUUGCUCUGUUGUACUUGUUAUAGACAUAAAUAAUAGGAUUCCAACCUUGCAAGCUUUAUCAUGAUAAUGGAAAUUAAAUGCACUUACUGUAAAAUACAGUGAAUAGGUAGAUUUAUUCCUAUACCUUCAAUGUUGUCUCUUAAGGAUUUUAUUAAGGACACAAUUUGUCAUACUAAGUUUACAAAUACUAAGUUAAGCAAAAAUUCUUUGCAAGUAAUGUAUUAAUAAUUUCUUUAUAGGCUUUCUGAAAUUAUCUGCUUACUGGUUACCCAUUUGUAACGUGUUCUUUCUCUAAUAAUUUGCAAGCUCCUACAGAACAAGAUUUAUUAUUUUUUAAGGAUUGCAAUUGGGGCAGAAUCUUUACUGAUGUUAGCAGAAAUGAAAAGCUGACCUGAAUAGCCAUAAAAUGCUUCAGGUUCCUUCAGAAUGCCUUGCCACGGAAGUCAAGGCAGGUGAGCUCUGUGCUGCUGUCAUCUGACCCUGCAAAUGCCUGUAGUCAUGUUAUCAGAAGAUGCUGUUUUCCUUCUUCAAGAGAGUCUGAAAUUUUCUGCCUGAAGAAGUAAAUUAAGCCAUAUUCUACUCAGAUAUUUCUCUAAUGGUAAGGCAAAUAUAAUCUCCUGUGAAUUACUUAUAUUUGCUUCACUUUGUAGUAUGCAUAUUUGAUAUAAUGACACUGUAUUUUCUUUCUUUGAUCAGUGAAUCCACUCACCAUUUGUCAAUAUGGAGGGGGUGUAUAUCCAUUAAUACUUCUGUUAAAUACUUGCAGAUUGACAUUAUGUUUUGUCUUGAAGUAAGUUUUCUUAGAGCAGAAAAUAUUUCUCUGGGAAGUUAGAGAAUUAGCUUCAAGAGGAGAAAACAGCAUGUCAUGGCAUCCUGUUGCAAACAGGGAUUCCAUCAAGAUUACAGCUAUGAAAAAAACCUGGUUUUUUACUCUUACAAGGUGCACUUUAAAUUUAUAUAAUCUCUGAUUCUCUUUCUCUUGUGAGUUUGUGUAUAUACAUACAUACACACACAUAUAUAUAUAAAAUCUCAACCUCAAUUACUAAUAGCCUUAUGUACAGCUUUCAAACUCUGCUUACAUUCUAAAAUAAGCAGGAAGGUUCUUCUAUGCUGUUUUGUGUGUAUGCAAAUUUAGGUUGGGUUGUUUGGUUUGCGUUUGUGGGUUUUUUUAGAGAUAAGGAAGGGCUAGACAAUUUCUGAAAUGAGACUGAAUAAUCUGAUAUAAAUUGAAACACAUCUAAAAUGUAGCAGAAUAUUUUCACUGAUUUGCUGGCUUUUGACAGGUUAUAUAACCUCUUCCCUAUUUUUUUCACUUUAAAAAAAAUAAAUCAGGUUCAGAUAUAGCAAAUUUUAAUUAACUUGUACAUAGUUCUUCAAGACCAAAAACCACAAAGCAUUGCAGAAAUAUCAACACAACAGCUAGCAAAAUAAACCUUUAGUAGUGGAAUAUGCCUCCAUUGAAAACUUUCCGUUCACUUAUGCUAUACAGUGGUGGAUACCAAAAGUAUUCUAACACCUAGCAAAGCUAGGUAUUUCGGUGGGGAUUGUGCAAGUCCACCAGUGACCUUUUUGCUACAGAUUCAGAAGGCCUAAAUGAUAUUUAGCUUUCUGUGCUUAAUGUUUUCUUUUUGACUAGGAAUCGCUGAGCACCUAAACAGUAGAAAAUAGAAGGCAGAGGGAAUUAGAUGACAUAUGGGUCACCAGUAUCUGUGCCAUUGGACCUCUCCCUCUAUGGGAGAAGCACAGCAUUUGAUGCAGAGAGAUUUCUUAUUUCAGUAUUUGAAGUGUGUUCCCUAAAAGAAAUAGCAAAAUUGUACAGGUGAAGAGAAUUUAAAUUGUUCAUUAACUUUGGAGCAGCUGGUCCCAGAUGCUCUUCAGGAAGAAUCUUAUUUUUAAUACACUGAAUUCUAGCCUAGGAGUUAAAAGCCCUCAUAAAUUAAUGUUAGUUUACAGUAUUAGACCCAGAAAUUUUCCUGCUGGGACCAAAUCUGAGUAUCACACUUACAGGUUUGGGUGUUGCAGAAUUUUCAGUGACUACUACUUCAAACUACAUCCAGUCUUCAGAGCUGAAAAGACAUAGUCCUUAAGGAAUUAAUUUAUUGCUAUAUGUGAAAAAACCUAGAAAAUAUAUAGAAUGAAAUGUAUAAUCUGGUUUUAGUUAAUCUUAUUAAAGUAUGGCAAGAAAUCUUACUAAAACAUGAGAAAAUGCUUAAGAACAGAUAAUGUACCUGUAGAUCCCAACAACCUCUUAAUCUAAAAAAGUUUGGAUGCUUCAUUUUGGCUGGCAUAUUUCAAAUAGUAUGAAAUAACUCACUGAAGUCUUCAAAAAGAUAACUUUUAUAUAGCACACAAACCAAAGACUUCCAGAUACUCUUUUGUCUUAAGAAAGAGCAAAACUCAGUGGAAAAAAAAAUUUCAAAAACUCAGUUCAGAUAUAGCUAAUGUCUGGAUAAAAAAGAUACAAUAAAGUAUUACUGUGGUGAUAUUACUAUGUCCUUUGAGGCAGUUUAUCUGCAUUUCUGCUCUUUUCCUUCACCCUUCCAUUCCUCCUGGAUUUGUCUUCAGAGCAGGGUUGUUCCAGCUUCAUUCUUAAAACUUGUUUUGAAGAGCAAAGUAGUCCUGAUACAGGACUCCUCUUCCGUGCUUGGUUGCACAGCAGGAGUUAAGGAGUGAGGUUAGGGCAGAAAAUAUACCUGAACUGAGCCAUGACUUUUCUAGUGAAAGUGAGUGUUAAAAUCCCCUGCACACCUCAGGUUAGGGAAUUGGAAAAACACAACAAUCCUACAUGAAAGUACUUUUAGCAUUUCUGAUAUGUUCAGUGUCCUCCCUUCUUCCUCAAGGAAUCAGGGUAACUGAGUAUUGCCCUCUGAUACUUGACAGCUAUCAGUGAGGACUUCACAAGGCUCCAUUUUGGAGCAUGAGAAACAGUACUGGACAGAAUUAACUCUAAUACAUUUCUUAUUUAAUUUUUUUAAGAUUAAAUUUACACCUUCAUCGUAGGGCCUUUUCAUGAGGUCUCUGAACUGGCAUCAUUACUGACAUUAAGACAAAUCGGGUCUCUAAUCCUGUAAAUAGCUUAAUGACACUCAUGGAUAAAGUUGGAUUUGUGCACUUGUUGGAAAGCCUGCAGCCCUGGCUGACUGCCGUGUUCAUUCAUUCUGGAUGUAAUUAACAUGACUUGUCAUCAUUUCCUGAUUAUGGAUGCUGUGCAGCCUCAUAUUUUAUAUCUCUUCUUCAAAUUAGGCUUCUAAUGCUGAAAUUGUAGCACCAACCUAUAAAGCAAAUCAAAGAGGGAGAUUUUUUAACCAUUUGAAUUCACAGGUUACAAAAUAUUCACCAGAAGAGGCUCACCUGCAACUUCCAUUCUUUGGCUGGCAAGAUGGAGAGAUAUGUCACUGCCUAAUGCCAAUGGGAGGUUAAAGAACUGAACUUUGUUUCUUGUAGUAGAAUAUCAAUAUUGAUGCAAAGAAUGUUACUGUUAAUUACUACAACAUAUACAUGAUUGUUAUGUCAUUACAAACUUGCCAGGUUCUUUAAUUUUUUGAAAGGUCUGCAGUUUAUAAACACAAUUUAGAUAAUAUCCUGCAACUUUUUUCCAUAAAUACAGCUCCCAUGCAUCCAUACUGUACCUUGUGAUGAAGUCUUAUUGUUGCAGUCUUGCUUACUUAUACUUCCAUUCGAUUUAAAAAUCUUAUUAGUACUGUCAGUUGGAUUAUAAAAAUUACAGUAGUAAUUUUCAAUAGAGUUGAAAUAGAUUUACCAGAGAGCAGUAUUUUCAUUGGAUUCUUAUUGAUAAGGGAAAAAAAUUAAUUCUAAUGUUGCAGUGGUGCAGAAAAUAGUACGAUGGUUAACUAUUGCAAUCCAAAGCAAUAUGUUGAUAAACAAAUAGUAAGUUUUCUGGUUAAAGGAUAUACCUGCAUAAUCUUAUGUAAAAAUGAAGAAAGAAUAUUUGCUUCUUGGCUCUUUCAGCUUCAGAAAUUUUGCAUAAAUUAAAAUUGUAGCUAACAGGGGAAUACAUUUUGGGUAAUUGUGAGUUCCAAAUUACUCAGAAGUUUGCUUAGAAGAAUGUGAUUUUUGUUGUUAGUUUUAGAUAUUGUUAAGCUCAAAGCUGUUUGCACAAACAAAAACUUCUUUUUUUCCAGAAGAGCAACUUUAGUGGUAUUCAUUUGCUGGAAUUAAACUUCAUUUAUUAUUUCUGUGAAGCAGAACAUAAACUUUUGACCUCUGAUGCAUGGCCCUUGGGAUUCAUGGAACUUGUCAUAUAAGCUAAGCUGUUCUCUUCAAAUGCAGUGGUUGUAUUGUGCCUCAAGACAGAAUGAGACCUAACCUGCAGGAAGACAUGAUGAGCUGCAUAAAUGUCACAUGCUUUGAGGAAAGGUGAGAAGCCGGGGACAGAGCAAGAUGAAGUUAAGCUGCAGAAUGCCAGCAAGCAGAUUGUGCAGACUGCUAUCCUCCGAGCAGUGCAGCAAGUUUCGCAGGAGAGCCAGCAAAAGGAGAAACGAACAAACAGCAGUACAAGCCUCCAACUAGAAAGAGGAAAAUUAACUAAGAAGCAUGAAAAGAAGUAAAGGAGCGGAUUUGUUUUUUCAAUCCUCCAGUCUGCAGUGUUUUCAGCCUUCUCUUUAGUAUCAGCUGUAUUGCUAGUGCAAUGUUACUGUUGUAAAGCAAACCAAAGUAUAAUCACACCUAGACAUAGGGUAAAGCUGCAAUAGUCCUCAGCUGAGAAAUAUUAAGUGCAUUAGAUGACUAACUCCAUAUUUAUGCAGUGCCUCUUAACAGAAACAAUAACCAUAGCUAUAAAAGUAGUUUCAAGCACAAGCUCUUAUGGUAUGGACUUAUUCUCAAAAGCUUGCUGCCAGUGCACUUUCAUGUAAGUUCUGCGUGCAAUGUUUAUGUCAGUUCAGCUGGAUGGACUCUUAAGUUACGGGGUUCACUGAAGCUGUCUUCACUGAAGAAAUAGUUUACUGUUGAGUGUAGCAGAAUGCUUUCAGGCUGCCUUGAAGCACGUGUUUGUACUUUGCUUUGAUUAAAGAUGGACUAUGUGAAGUGGCAGUAUAAAGUGGAUUUGGUAAGUUCUGUGAACCAAUUUCUUUUUUCAUCUUGGAAAAAAAAAAAAAAGCAAUCCAGUAAGACUGCAGUGACUGUGAUCUAUGACUCUGAUCAUAGACCUAUGAUCUAUGUCUUUUUUUAAAGAAGUUAAAAGAAGUACUGAAGUUUUAGUCUACUUAUUUGAAAUACUUCUAUACUUCUGCAUAAAAAUCACUUGUGCCUCAACUAUUCUUCUUAAUUUUCUUAAUAUUGAAAGAAGAGAAACUGAUGUGCUGAUAUAGAGUUUGCCAGCUUUUCCUUCAGUUUUGCAACUUUGCUGGGCCUUGAUUUACAGAAAGUGAAGACUUGAGUGGCUUUAGAAAAAGGUUUUGAAUUUAUUAAUAUCCUGAAGGAUGGAAAUAUACUGUGUCUGAAUUCUGUCAUCGUAGAUAUUUCUCACCUGCUGGGUGUGAAGUGAUUUUAGAUAUUUGCAAUUGUUACAUAGAUUCACCUCAAAUAGCACUGCUUUAAGCUGGUACUAACAGAACUUAUCUUUUAACUGCUCUAUAAAGCUGAAAAAAUCCAUGAUGUUUCUGAAAAUACAAAUUAAAUAAAUGUAGCUUUCACUUUUAUGCUCCCUUACUGUAAUGAUGAUUGCACUAUUAUACAUCUGAAAUGAAUAACAGUAUAUUUAAUUCUAGAAAUGGCUUGUAGCUCUGCUUCAACUGAAAUCUUGUAGUAAUAUACCUAGAAAUAUAGAGAAGCAGAUGCACAGGAUCUGCAAAGAAGGAGACAAACUUUUGUCAUUGCUUUUCUACUCAGAUAGAUGAUUCUUAAAGAGACUUUAUUUUAAGUAAUUGGCUAUUACUUACCAUGUCCUACUGCUUGUGUUAAACAAUUUCAGGAUUCUUUCUCAUGGCCAGAGGCUUAGUCAUGAAUAGCCAUGUACUGUAAUAUUAAGCCUUUGAAAUCUGCUUGGUUCAAUUUUUUUUUUAAUUUAACAGGACUGACUCAUACCAGAUAAUGAUUUAGCUCAAUCUUCUUUCACUUAAAAAUGCAAGGAGGAAUUUGACAUGAUUAAAGUUGUUCUAAAUCCUCUAAUAUUGAAAAUUGACUUGGAUUUCAAGUAUACAGUUAGUUCACUUCUAUAGACACUGGGUGAAUUUUUCUAGCCAAGCAAACUUUGAAAGGUGGAAGUAGUUGGGUUUUGAGGCACGUGUGUGUUUGUCAUAAUAGUAAUUUUUUUACCAUUAGCUUUUUCAUCAGUUGAUCUUUGGUUGGGAGGUAGUUCUUUUCUAAGCACUCUUUGUAACUGUGCUUUCUGAGAGCCUUAGAAAACUGAUCAUGAGUAAAGGUUCAAUUCUGAGGCUGGUGGUCAGGCAAGUCUAGUGGAUGAAAGAGAGCAAGCCUGUUGGAGAGACUCUGUGGUGCAAAAUGGUGUUUGCCACGGACUCACCUACAGUGCUGUAGGAAGGAGAGCUAUAGAAGAGCAAAAUCCCCAUUUCUUUGGGAUUAUUCUAGUUUUUUUAAUGCUUUUUUCCCCCAGAAAUUAGCAAUAUGUCUCUUUUUUUUUUAAUGUUCAUGGUGAUUAUUUUAAUAAUCUUCAUGUAGUUUGGAAGCUUGUUUGCAUGUCCAAUUUUUUUUUUAAGUCAUCAUGUUAGAAAAAGAGGAAUUUCAAAAGCCAGUGAAUCCAGGUUUUUGCCACUGCUUCAUAUGAGCCUAUUCCACUCCUCCUCCCACUAUGCUCUUCUACAAUAUCCCUUUACUGUCCUAGCCCUUUUAGACACACUAUUACUCAACCAUUAAAUCAUGCCCAUCAUUUUCAGUGCUGUCAGAAGUCUAGUAUCUUGGAAAGAUAAAAAUGGUAGGAAGCCUAACAGAGCCUUGAGGAAGUUUUCUAUGGUCUCCUAUUGAGGAAGAACAGAUACUGUAGCUUAAAUAGUGUAGUUUUCCCUGAGAGGCAAAUAAUGCAUCUCCUAUCUAUAGUAUAUAUGCUUAAAUUAAGGCAUGCAUUUAGUAUCUCCUAUUGACAAAGGGUGUUCUGCACACCACCUGCAUCCAGGAUGUGUAGUUGAGAUCUGUACCGCAUGUGAGAGAACUGCACAAAAGAAAACUUUACCCUUGGCUUGUUAUAUGCUUACUACAUGGUGAAAGCAGGUAUUUUUGGUAUCUUCACUGACAGAUUAUAUUUUCUGGAGAAAAUACGGACUGUAGAAAUUAUUACAGGUGUGAUGCAGGUCUGGUUACAAAUAAAAAAAACUCUUAAAGAAACUCUUAA